AAGACGAAUUAUCUCGGUAAGGAAUGCCGCCAGCCCCACAUGUCAGUUGUUUUCAUGUUAUACGCAACCGUAGCAACGUGAUUGUUUUCGAGAACUUACCAACUUGAAUUCAGUUAGCAGCAGAUUCGUGAAAGUUCAAAGUUUGAGGAACAAGGUUUUUUACAGAAAGUAAAAAGAGUAUACUCCAUAUUUAUUAUUUCUUAAUUAUGAAAGUCUACAAUAAGAAAAAUACUAGCUUUUGAAAAAUAUUUUUUUGCGAAAAAGAGACGAGUUUCUAAGAUCACUGAGAUGGCAGACGUUUUCUCGGUCAGUCUACAGACCGUUAACGGUCCGGCUACAACCUUUCCUAGGAAGCCAGUAAACCGAACGGGUAACUUUGGUGAUGAAGAUGGCUGGGAGACUGGAACUCAGAGUCUUCUCUCUCUCCUGACGGUGAUCGGAACGAGCCUGUCAAUUGUCGGAGUAGUACUGGCGUUUAUAACUUACACUUUAUUUUCUGAUCUCCGCACGGUGAGUGGUACCUCUUUGUUGAACCUAUUAACCGCCCUUUUUUUGUCCCACCUGUUGUCCGUCAUCAGCGUAGAGAAGGUGGAUGACAACGGACUCUGCAUGACCUUGGCAUUUCUGUUACACUACCUGUGGCUGUCCGUUCACUGUUGGUUAGCAGUCAUGGCCAGAGACAUGUUUCGGACCUUCCGUGACAACAUCAAUCUGCAAGUUUCACCUUUAACUGAGAGUCGCAAAUCGCUUUUCAAGUGUGUUCUUUUCGCCUGGGGCUUACCUGGAGCCCUAACCUGCUUAGCAGCUCUGCUCUCUUCCAAUGAUAUAGCUGAAAAGCACCAGUUUGUCGUUCCAACGUGUUGGUUCGUAGAUUACAACACUCUACUUUAUACCCUUGAAAUCCCAGCUGCUGUGCUGGCCGGAGCUGACUUAGUAUACUUUGUCCACUCGGCUAUCGUUAUCCGUUAUACUGCUAGCAUGCAGAUGAACCGCCGUACAUCCGAGAAAAUGAAGAAUCGUCGCUAUCUUCAGCUGUUUCUUUAUUUGAAAAUUGUAUUAUUCCAGAUAGCUACGUGGCUGUGUUGUCUCUUAGCACAAGUUGCUGGUAUCUUCUCCCUGUGGUUUACUUUUUCUGUUCUGGCUUCUCUUCAAGGGUUCUUCGUGGCUGUGGCGUAUAGUUGUAAUUCCGAAGUUUUCCGGCUCUACAGCAAGUCUCUGAAGGAGAGCCGCACGAAGAAGAUGGGUUACGGAACACCAGAAGUUUCUCAUUCCACCAGCUUGACUCAGUUGACUUGGACCCCAUCACCUGACGUAGUAUAACAGACAAAAUGUAAAGAAGGUGGGUUACGGAACACCAGAAGUUUCUCAUUCCACCAGCUUGACUCAGUUGAUUUGGACCCCAUCACCUGACGUAGUAUAACAGACAAGUCUUCUAAGAUGAACCCAAUAGAUAUAUUUGUAUUUUAAAAUUAUCCUGUCAAAAACUAGUCCUUUAUCAGUAUUUUACUCAGACAACUAAUGUAUUUACUUUAAAUCCACUCUGAUUAAACAGUUAAUGUUUGCAUACAACUACUUUUAUCCGAGUAAACUGUUGCUUGCAUAUUUUAUUAUAUUCCUUUUUCAGUAGUUAUACUAUAAUACAUAUAAUCCAGUAGCUGACUCUUGUAUGGAAUUAUCUCCAUUAACCAUACAUUUGUUGUAUAAUUAAUUCCGUUAGUUUCGUUGUAUGAGUUAUAAUAUGCAUCAUUAUUGUUGUAUGAACUAUAACAUACAUUAUUGUUUUUGCAGGACCCAUCGCAUACAUAACGCUUGUUGUAUGACCCAUAAUAUUCAUUUUAUUGUUGUAUGACACGUAUCUUAUUUUUGUUGUAUUACUGAUCACUUAUAAUGUGUAUAUUCAAUGACCCGUAAAUUACAUCAUCUUAGUCGUUUUACCCUUUUAUCCGACAUCUGCGACUUGUUCAUAGCAUACUUUAUCACCUAUGCCACUUAUAUUGCAUGAUCUUAACGCCUUUAUUGUCUUACACUACAAUCUAUCACCCUUAUCAACUUGGCAGUAUGACCCACUAUCUACAAUCCCGUAUGCUGUAUGAUCUCCUACUAUGCUCUGUAACCAUGUUUUGCAUUAUGGACAAUGUUUGUUGUAUUACUUAUUUGUCCUAAUGUUGUGCGUGAUAUGAUUCAUUAUUAAUGUAAUAGGUCCUACUUGAUUAUUGUUCAAUUAUGCUUAACGAGUAUAAUUAGAUCGUUCAUCAAAUCAAACGCUUAUAUCUAGAUAUACUUUUCAAUAUGUACACCAAAUUUCUAUUUUGAACGUACUGGUAGUAAGUGACAAGUCAGUAACAAAGAUAAACACAUAUAUGUUAACAUUAUUGUUGUUUCACACAGAAAUAUCCAUUGUGAAAUAUUAAAAAUCAUUCUGUGGGAUUAAUGUGUAUUCUAAAUAUGUGUAUUGUACAAAUAACGUUUCAAUGUAAUUAUGCCUUAAAAAUCAAUUAUAAUGUUGUCUGAGAUAUGAAAACAUCUAAUAAAAUUGUGUCACAACAUGAAUGUGUGCGUUGGCAUUUAUGUUAAAGAAACAAUAAUCCGUGAAGUUGAAUACUUUUCCGAGGACGAAAACCAUUUUAUUUACGUGAUUCAUCAAACGUUUCCUAAGUGUAUUUAUUCCAUAUUCAGGAACAAUGAAACUUAGAAAACUAUUCAGAAGUGAGCAGUAUGUAGAGUUGCUUGAGUAAGGAAACACAUUAUGCUAAUAUAAUAAGCUAGCAAACAACGAUUUAU